UCGUCGGAGUUUUUGGUGCUUCUUGGGGUGCCUGGAGCUGUUGGGACACAGUAUCCCAGCUGUUGAGCCCAGCGCUCUCUGGACUCACGCCCUCGAAGCCCAGCUGUGGCUUGUGUUGACCCCCUGCUCGCCUGCUUGCGGUUGGCGGAAAGCAGGAGGAUCCCCAAGACGGCAGGUGGGGCAGGUGGAAGGAGUCCUUCAGGACCUACCACACCGUAGGGAGAAGCCAAGGGCGAGCUGGGUCCCCUUGAGGCCGAGAGGGGCAUGCGGCCCUCCUCCGGCGGGAUGCGAGCCAUCGGGCUCCUGUGGCUGUUGCCGCUGCUGCUCUCGGCGACAGCCUCGGGCUCUGGGGCUGCUGCUGGCCAGCGCGCGGGCUCCCCGAUCAUGGGGCCGCCACUGCAGCCCCGGGAGCCGCUCAGCUAUUCGCGCCUGCAGAGGAAGAGCCUGGCCGUGGACUUCGUGGUACCCUCGCUCUUCCGUGCUUACGCCAGGGACCUGCUGCUGCCUCCGGAGCCCAGGGCUGGCCUGACCGAGGCGCGCGGCUUCCUGGCCCUGGACUGCGCUCCGCUGCUGAGGCUGCUGGGGCCACCGUCCGGGGUGUCCUGGGCAUCCCCGGCCCCGACGCUGUCCAGAGUGCUGAAGGGCGGCUCUGUGCGCAAGCUCCGGCGUGCCAAGCAGCUGGUGCUGGAGCUGGGCGAGGAGUCGAUCCUGGAGGGCUGCCUGGGGCCUCCAGAGGAGGCGGCCGCUGGACUGCUCCAGUUCAACCUCAGCGAGCUGUUCAGCUGGUGGAUUCGCCACGGCGAGGGGCGGCUGAGGAUCCGCCUGAUGCCCGAGAAGAAGGCGUCGGAAGGGGGCAGAGAAGGAAGGCUGUCCGCAGCCAUCCGCGCUUCCCAGCCGCGCCUUCUCUUCCAGAUCCUUGGCGCUGGUCCCAGCUCCUUGGAAUCACCAACACACAUGCCUUCUCUUCCUCCUGACUACUUCUCAUGGAAUCUGACCUGGACAAUGAAAGAUUCCUUCCCUUUCUUGUCUCAUCGAAGCCGAUAUGGUCUGGAGUGCAGCUUUGAUUUCCCCUGUGAGCUGGAGUACUUCCCUCCACUGCAUGACCGCGGGAACCAGAGCUGGUCGUGGCGCCGUGUACCCUCUGAGGAGGCAUCCCAGAUGGACUUUCUGGAUGGACCCGAGGCAGAGCGCGCCAAGGACAUGCCCAGAGGCUCCUUCCUCCUCCUCAACACCUCAGCCGAAUCCAAGCACACCAUCCUGAGCCCCUGGAUGAGAAGCAGCAGUGAGCACUGCACACUGGCUGUCUCGGUACACAGGCACCUACAGCCCACAGGGAGGUAUGUGGCCCAGCUGCUGCCCCACAAUGAGCCUGGAAGAGAGAUCCUCCUGGUGCCCACUCCAGGGAAGCAUGGCUGGACUGUGCUGCAGGGAAGAGUCGGGCGCCCAGAGCACCCAUUCCGAGUGGCCCUGGAAUACAUCUCCAGCGGGAACCGAAGCCUGUCUGCAGUGGACUUCUUUGCCCUGAAGAACUGCAGUGAAGGAACGUCCCCGGGCUCCAAGAUGGCGUUACAGAGUUCCUUCACUUGUUGGAAUGGGACAGUACUCCGGCUCGGACAGGCCUGUGACUUCCACCAGGACUGCACCCAGGGAGAAGACGAGGGCCACCUGUGCAGUAAACUCCCUACUGGCUUUUACUGCAACUUUGAAGAUGGGUUGUGUGGCUGGACCCAAGACAUGCUCUCCUCCCAGGGACCUCGGUGGCAGGUCAGGACCAUGAAGGAUGCCCGGUCCCAGGGCCACCAAGAUCAUGCCCUGCUGCUCAGCACCACCGAAGUCGCCACAUCUGAGAGCGCUACCGUGACCAGUGCUACAUUCCCAGCACCAAUGAAGAAUUCUCCAUGUGAGCUCCGAAUGGCCUGGCUCAUCCGCGGAGUCCUGAAGGGAAACGUGUCCUUGGUGCUAGUGGAGAACAAGACCGGGAAGGAACAAAGCAGGAUGCUCUGGCAUGUUCCUCCCAGUGACGGCCUGAGCCUGUGGCAGUGGGUAGUGUUACCACUCCUCGACGUGUCUGACAGGUUCUGGCUCCAAAUGGUCGCAUGGUGGGGACAAGGAUCCAGAGCCACAGUGGCCUUCGACAACAUCUCCAUCAGCUUGGACUGCUACCUCACCAUCAGCGGAGAAGACAAAAUGCCACCGAAUGCAGAGCCCAAGUCAAGAAACCUGUUUGAGGGGAUCUCAAACAAGGAGUUGAAGCCCAGAGAACCUACACCCGGGACCCCCGCCUUUGACCCUACAGUUCACUGGCUGUUCACCACGUGCGGGGCCAGCGGGCCUCAUGGCCCCACGCAGGCCCAGUGCAACAACGCCUACCAGAACUCCAACCAGAGUGUGGUAGUGGGAAGCGAAGGCCCCCUGAAAGGCAUCCAGAUCUGGACAGUGCCGGCCACCGACACUUACAGCAUCUCGGGCUAUGGAGCCGCUGGCGGCAAAGGCGGAAAGAACACCAUGAUGCGGUCCCAUGGUGUGUCUGUGCUGGGCAUCUUCAACCUGGAAAAGGACGACACACUCUACAUCCUGGUUGGGCAGCAGGGCGAGGACGCCUGUCCCAGCACAAACCAGUUAAUUCAGAAAGUCUGCAUUGGUGAGAACAAUGUGAUCGAGGAGGAGAUUCGUGUGAACAGAAGUGUGCACGAGUGGGCAGGAGGAGGCGGUGGAGGUGGAGGAGCCACCUAUGUCUUUAAGAUGAAGGAUGGAGUGCCUGUGCCACUGAUCAUUGCGGCCGGCGGUGGUGGCAGAGCCUAUGGGGCCAAGACAGAUACAUUCCACCCGGAGAGGCUCGAGAACAACUCCUCGGUCCUGGGGCUAAACGGCAAUUCCGGAGCCGCAGGUGGCGGAGGUGGCUGGAGUGAUAACACUUCCUUGCUCUGGGCCGGAAAGUCUUUGCUGGAGGGUGCCACCGGAGGACAUUCCUGCCCCCAGGCCAUGAAGAAGUGGGGGUGGGAGACAAGAGGGGGUUUCGGAGGGGGUGGAGGGGGGUGCUCCUCAGGUGGAGGAGGCGGAGGAUAUAUAGGCGGCAACGCAGCCUCAAACAAUGACCCUGAAAUGGAUGGGGAAGAUGGGAUUUCCUUUAUCAGUCCACUGGGCAUCCUGUACACCCCGGCUUUGAAAGUGAUGGAGGGCCAUGGGGAAGUGAAUAUUAAGCAUUAUCUAAACUGCAGUCACUGUGAGAUAGACGAGUGUCACAUGGACCCCGAGACUCACAAGGUCAUCUGCUUCUGUGACCAUGGAACGGUGCUGGCCCAGGAUGGCGUCUCCUGCAUUGUGUCGCCCACCCCAGAGCCCCACCUGCCGCUCUCACUGAUCCUCUCCGUGGUCACCUCUGCCCUAGUGGCCGCCCUUGUCCUGGCUUUCUCUGGCAUCAUGAUUGUGUACCGCCGCAAGCACCAGGAGCUACAGGCCAUGCAGCUGGAGCUGCAGAGCCCUGAGUACAAGCUGAGCAAGCUCCGCACCUCGACCAUCAUGACCGACUACAACCCUAACUAUUGCUUCGCCGGCAAGACCUCCUCCAUCAGUGACCUGAAGGAGGUGCCCCGGAAGAACAUCACCCUCAUCCGGGGUCUGGGCCAUGGUGCCUUUGGGGAAGUAUAUGAAGGCCAGGUGUCUGGGAUGCCCAAUGACCCAAGCCCCCUGCAAGUGGCUGUCAAGACCCUGCCGGAGGUGUGUUCUGAACAGGACGAGCUGGAUUUCCUCAUGGAGGCCUUGAUCAUCAGCAAAUUCAACCACCAGAACAUUGUGCGCUGCAUCGGAGUCAGUCUACAAGCUCUACCCCGCUUCAUCCUGCUGGAGCUCAUGGCAGGAGGAGACCUCAAGUCUUUCCUCCGGGAGACCCGGCCUCGUCCGAAUCAGCCCUCCUCCCUGGCCAUGCUGGACCUGCUGCAUGUAGCUCGGGACAUUGCCUGUGGCUGUCAGUAUCUAGAGGAAAACCACUUCAUCCACCGGGACAUUGCUGCCAGGAACUGCCUCUUGACCUGUCCAGGCACCGGAAGGGUGGCCAAGAUUGGAGACUUUGGCAUGGCACGAGACAUCUACAGAGCAAGCUACUACAGAAAGGGUGGGUGUGCCAUGCUGCCAGUUAAGUGGAUGCCCCCAGAGGCCUUCAUGGAAGGAAUAUUUACUUCCAAAACAGACACCUGGUCCUUCGGAGUGCUGCUGUGGGAAAUCUUCUCCCUCGGAUACAUGCCGUACCCCAGCAAAAGCAACCAGGAGGUGCUGGAGUUUGUCACCAGUGGAGGCCGGAUGGACCCGCCCAAGAACUGCCCCGGGCCUGUAUAUCGGAUAAUGACUCAAUGCUGGCAGCAUCAACCUGAAGACAGGCCCAACUUUGCCAUCAUCUUGGAGAGGAUUGAAUACUGCACCCAGGACCCUGAUGUGAUCAACACCGCCCUGCCCAUUGAAUACGGGCCCCUGGUGGAAGAGGAAGAAAAGGUGCCCACGCGGCCCAAGGACCCCGAGGGCGUCCCUCCGCUGCUUGUAUCUCCAGCCCAGGCCCCGCGGGAGGAGGUGCCCGCCCCAGCCGCGCCACCUGCUCUGCCGGCCACUUCCUCCGGCAGAGUCGCCAAGAAACCCGCAGCGGCCGAGGUCCCCGCCCGAGGCCCUAGAGGGUCAGCCAUAGAGGGGGGACACGUGAACAUGGCCUUCGCCCAGUCCACCGUGCCGUCAGAGCUGCCCAAGGGCCAGGCGUCCAGAAACAAGCCGACCAGCCUGUGGAACCCGACCUACGGCUCGUGGUUUACCGAGAAACCCGCCAGAAAGAACAAUGCCCUGGCCAAAAAGGAGCCGCAGGACCGGGGGCACCCGGGGCACGAGGGAAGCUGUACUGUCCCUCCGAGCGGCGGCAGCAGCGGCGGUGUGGCCCCCGGCCGCCUCCCGGGGGGCUCCCUGCUCCUGGAGCCGGCGGCGCUGACUGCCAGCAUGAAGGAGGUGCCGCUGUUCCGGCUGCGCCACUUCCCGUGCGGGAAUGUCAACUACGGCUACCAGCAGCAGGGCUUGCCGCUGGAGGCCGCCGCUGGCCCGGGGGCCGGCCGCUACGAGGACCCCGUGCUGAAAGCCAAGGCUGGCGGCAAGCAGCCUGGGCCCUGAGC